AUGCCAGUAAACUAUAGUAAACAACGCCUACUUGGCAGCCUUCUCUUCGGGGCAGACUUUUCAUAUCAAAAACAAAUGGUCUGUCGUGAUAAUUCAUCCUUUUUGCGCUUGCUAUUGAAUGCUAUAUUUGCACUUGGCAAAUUCUCCAAGAUUAUGGCCGGUAACCAAUCCAUGGCUAGGAUGGAAAGAAUAGAAAAUUGCAAUUGUUGCAAAAGUAUGCUAGAAAAUUUACUUGCGACCAAUUUAAAAAUGUGGCUAGCUAAAGUUAAAGCAGGCUCAAAGUGUUACUCAAGUUUUGAAGGAAUUUACGAUGAUACCAAGUUGAUGAAUGCACUUUUCGAUUGUUACGGCCAGUUAAAAUUUUGCCGAGAAUGUGUGAUAUUAUACCUCAAUAUUUCGCCAACCACAUUGAAAAAGAUGCAAGAUUACGUCAAAAAUAAUCCAUGCCCUUAUCGUUUUCGUAUUAAAAAUAAAAUUCGAUCAGCGCAUUAUAAAUUACCAGCAAAAAGGGACUUUUUCGACUAUAUUAUUAAGAAUCGACGACCCAAUACCCAAUAUGAUAAAGCUGGGGCUCCUAUGUUUUAUUUAGAUAAUCGCUUUGAAUGUAUCCGUUUACCUUCAGCAUCCGAUCGUCAAUUUAUUAAAAAAGCUGAAAAAUCACUGGUCUGGCAUUUCAAUAUUGAACAAUUGCGACAUAAUCGCCAAACUAUUUCCAGUCGUACAGCUCAUAAUUGGAUCAAGAGUGAAUUUCCUCAUACUACCUUGUCACCAACGCAAUCAUGGUUGUGCUCCGAUUGCAAGAAACUGCGCAAGAAAGAAAUUGCUCGCAUUAAAAGUAAUAAUAAUAAUAAAAAGAACGAUGAUAGCCCUGAUCCUGUUGUCCAGCUAGAACAGGUUCAAGAACAGCAAAAUUCUAACCUUCAACAAACUCCAGUAUCCAAUGGCUAUCCGUUGAUGAUCAAAGAAGAAGUGAACGAUGGUAACAUUCUCUCACCCUACCGUCAUCAAGAACUGCAACAACUGCAACAGCCUACUCAAGUCAAUAAUAAUAAUAAUAAUUGUUCUCUUAUUAUUCAACAUCGCAUCGCUUCUAAUCAAGCUAUGGAUGCUUACAACAGUCUGUGUGUUCAAUGCCAACUAAGUUGGGCUGGUAUCCAACAAAGUCUUGUGUUAUUUCAACAACAAUUUGAACAAAUCGCUACCGAUGAAAACGUUCAAGAUGUUGCUCAUAUCAUGAAAUUAGGCCAAAUGAAAGAUGAAUAUAAAGCCACUAUUGAUUGCGAUUUUCAAACUAGUAAAAGUUUACCCCACUAUGGAUUUAGCCGUCAAUUGGACGAGAACGAUCAUCAUCAACAUACUCUUCAAGAAGCAACUCACCGCUAUGCACUUUUUAAUAUUAAAGAACAUGGCCUUGAUCAACGGCAUAUCUAUAUUUGUGGUGAUGAUAGCGAAUCGAUUACACACCGAUGCGAUUAUAUUCUCUCUUUUCUGGACGACUAUAUCAAGUAUCAUUUACCAACAUGGAUAAAAAAUUUAGUCAUUAUUACCAAUCGUGACAAUCGAAGUCCAACUUUCAUCAAUUGGUUUAUUAAUUUAACUAAAUUUGGCCAUUUUCGUUUUAUUCAAUUAGUGUUUACUCAUCCAGGACAUGGUGGUAUAGCUACAGAAUUAAUGUCAAUGCAAUUUGCUCAUAAAUUCUACGGUCGUGAUGUUCAAGAUGUAGGCGAUUUAGCUCAUUUAGCUAAAGAAUUUGGUAUCGCCCAUGUAUUAGAUGGUAAUGGCAUCUACGUAUGGAAACAAUUACUCUCCAGCUAUGGAGAGGGAGCUUGUAAUGGUUUUAAUUAUAACGAUGAUGUGUAUUAUAUCUACUGGAAAGGUGAACAAACGCAAGUUAGUCAUUUCUCCUUUGCUAACGUUAAUGCUACUCAAAUAGAUCAUUAUCAACAUGUACCUCCAGUACAGCAUGCAGCUAGUCAUUCUUAUGCUUACCUUAAGCGAAAUAUGUUGCUACCAACCAACACCGUUAGCAACAACAAGAAAAGAAAAAUUGCCCUUGCUACUGACAGCGAAAUGAGCAAGCGUCGGACUAAAGUGGGCCAUAGGUAA